CAUCUCUAGGAAGUGUGGUAAAAAGGAAAAAGAAAAAAAAAAAAAGUUAGAACUGUUCCGUGAACAGCAGAGAGCUCAGAUAGAGUGAGUACUGGGUAAGGCGACGGAAAAUAUUGAGAUUGAGCAGGCAAUAGGUUUUAAAGCGAACGUUAACCUGCGUGAGUCACUCUCUAACUACAGGUUCACUGGUCUCAACUGGAUUUGACUGCUGAAGGUGUGCUGCUGACUUUAGGGUGAAGUUUGCGCACCUGAGAGGAUCUUUAAUAGCGUAGUGUAGGUCUACCUGUUGUGCAACAAUAUUAAAGGCACGAUAAGAAACAGCCUUUACGCGCAGGGAUAACACUUAACAAAAUAGCCUAUUUAUUGUAACUGGUGAGAUCUGUGAGGUGUUUUAGGUUAGUUUAGAGGAGCAUAAUUGCACGCUGUCUUUGCCAACUCUUCUCUGGAUAUCCCAAAUUAACGACGUCUCGAGUCAGAGGAUUUUUGUUCCUGUUGGUGCCUUUUCAUUGCGAGGAUUUAAGAAGCAAAACGGGGGUUCAGAGCCCAAACCGUCUACUGAAAUCUUCCUUUUUCCUGGAUCAUGUACCAGGACUACGCCGGGAACUACGACACCUCGUCCCGCGGAAGCAGCACCUCUCCGGCCCAGCCAGAGUCCUUCACAAGCGGCAGCAGCACGAUCGGAAGUCCGAUCUCUACCUCAAGCUACCAGAAGUACAGGGUCGACAUGCCCGGCUCUAACAGUGCCUUCAUACCCACAAUCAAUGCAAUCACGACCAGCCAAGACCUGCAGUGGAUGGUACAGCCCACCGUCAUCACCUCCAUGUCCAACCCUUACUCCCGCUCCCACCCGUACGGCCAUCACCUGACCAAUGGGCCGGGGCUGCUGGGGCACAACACACUGGCUCGGCCCGGGGUCAUCCGAUCCAUUGGGGACGCAAGGGGCCGACGCAAGAGAGAUGAACAGCUCACCCCGGAGGAAGAGGAGAAAAGGAGGGUGAGGCGUGAGAGGAAUAAGUUAGCUGCCGCCAAAUGCCGCAACCGCAGGCGAGAGCUCACCGAGAUGCUUCAGGGGGAGACGGAGAAGCUGGAGGAAGAGAAGGCGGAUUUGCAGAAGGAGAUCGAGAGCCUGCAGAAGGAGAAAGACAAGCUGGAGUUCAUGCUGGUUGCACACAAUCCUGUGUGCAAGCUCCCCAUGGAGGAGCGCCACCAGUCGUCCGGGCACCAGCAGCACCAGCAGCAGUGCGCCCCCCUGCCCCUGACUAUGCGCUCAAACUUGGGAACCCGGGCUCAAAUGAACCAAGUGGUAGUGAAGCAGGAGCCGGAGGACACCGAGGAUGGGGUGGGAAAGCCCCAGCGCUCUGUCAUCAAGCCCAUCUGCCUGGGCGGCGGGGGUGUCAGCGGUGGGAUGUACUGCACGGAUGGAGACAGCCUGAACACGCCGGUCGUGGCAGCGUCCACCCCGGCAGCCACGCCCAACGCCCCAAGCCUCAUAUUCACCUACCCGAAUAUGCUGGAGCCUGAAAGCCCCUCACCCUCCUCCGAGUCCUGCUCCAAGGCCCAUCGGCGCAGCAGCAGCAGCGGUGACCAAUCGUCAGACUCCCUCAACUCGCCCACCCUCCUGGCCCUCUGAGCGAGGGCUCGGCUUGGCGCAGCUGAGAAAAAAAAAAAAACACUGUGGCUGGAGGAAAGCAUGAGAAUCAACUGCGCACCCCCUCCUACGGUGUCUGUUAAAGACCAAGAGCACAUUCAACAGUCCAGACCAAGCUGACCAUGUGAGCCGUUUCUCGCUCGGCAGGGAGACCCACAAGGGCUACGCCAUGUGUUUCUUCUUGUUCUGCUUCAGUGUAGAAUUUUUUAAUACGUGAAAGUGUCUGCACCAAUCCUCAGAAGUGUCAUCCCUUCACCAUUUCAACUCCAGAGUGUCAACUUGUUUACUGAGCAGACAGUUGUGAAGAGAAACAUGCCCAAAUCUGGGUAGUUGUGAGGUUGAUGUGACUAAAUUAAGAGAGCGCGUUCUUAAUAUAUUUUUUGAAAAAUGUUUAAAAAGCCAUGUGGCCGACACUUGCACUCCGCCAAGACGAAUCAAUAAAUCACUAAACGAGGUCAGCACUCUACUGGAAUUUCCGAGGAGAGAAAGAGACAAUGAGCAAAGACUCCCUCUUGUCGUUUUUUUUUUCCAUUUUGAUUUGUCUUUUUCGUAACUUGGACCUUGAUUCAGGAAUCGCUACUUAGAGUGCAUACACAUUUCUAACGCUAUCUCCAUCUCCUUAAAUGUAUUUAUGGCCUGUGCUGAAUACAUUUUACAAAGUGUUUUGUUGAGACAUUGUCCUCUCCUUAAUCUGCCUGUAGAAAAGCAAAAUGGUCCUCUGUGGGGCGACCAAAGCAUUCCUCAGUGUUGCAAAGGAUACGAGCCAACUUUCAAUCAAUGACUAGUUCCUCAAUACUCUAUACCUUCUAUUUUGCCAUAGCGGCUCGACUUUACAGUAGUAUUGGUGUGCUUUUCCUCAGUGAUUCUGUACCUGAACUUUGCAACCUGUUUAUGACAAAGUGUAUGUGAUUUACAUUGAUGUCAGGGAUAUCUCUUAUGUGUAGUAGAACCCCCAUUGUGAAGAGCGUUGCAGGACUGCAGGCGGUUGUAUGGUCUAGCCAGAGUGUUGCAGAGGUGGUACUUUUACCUGAAGGGUUGAUAAACCUCUCCUUCCUUGUGUCACGUCCAAGAAAAGAGGUUUUAUCUUUUCGCUCAGACGACAUAAAAGUUUGAACAAAGCCCUUCUCCUCCGCUGGAUGCCGUGCUCCUUCCUUUGUUUCUGACAUUCUCUAAAUAAAGGUCUAACCUUUUUUCAACACUGCCUCUCAGAGCAGGUCAGGUUUCAAAAAGCCAAAAAGGUUUGUAUGACACAUGUUAUCCUGUAAUUCGUCAAUCUUUGUCUAAAAGGAGGGAUUUUGCUCAAAUUUUGAAAAAAGCCACUGUGGUCUAGACUGUCGCCAGCUGCCAAUGAUGUCAACCCUGUUUAUACUGUGUUUGUAAAUCUGUCACUUUUAGUAAAGAAACCAUGUUUAAAUUGAACUCAGAUGUGCUGAUUUAUGGGUGUAUGAACGUAUGCCAACACCGAGGUACUCAGUAGAAACUUAGUGGAAGCCUUGUUGGGUAAGACACAGUUCACUUUUUGACAAUGAGGAAGGGAUAAGAGGACUCUCUCUACAGCUGGCCUGAGAUGAAAGAGGGGACACCUUGACAAGAUGUAAUAUUUCUGAAGUUCUAUGAAGCACUUCUUUUUCAUUUUUUUUUUACGUGUGUAUCUUAAAGGGAUGAGGGUUUUCAAUACUGGGCACUGAGAAGGACACAACAGAUAUUUCUUUUUUUGUUUACUUCAAACAUUCCUAAUGAAUAUAAGUGUCAGGGGUCAAAGAGGGGGAAUGUCAUCUCUGCUUGAACACUUCUUGUUUGUUAACAAAAUUAAUAAAAGUUGUGGUUGGAAGACUUUCGUUGCUCUGGAUGCUGAAAACGGACUUUGCAAUUCAAUACAAGCUGCUGCUACUUUGGAAAGAACGUGUCGGCUGUUUAUCAUUUGAUGGUGUUGGUUUAAAAUCACAUGGAAGCAGCAGGAGAUAUUUAAUCCUGUCUGACAAAAUAAAAAGGUGAAUUGAGAGCCAAAAACAUUACUGUGGGUGAGUCUGAUAUGUCUGUAUGUUGGAAUAUUGUGAGGCCCCUCGACACACAUAGGAAAGCCAUUGACUGUAGAUCUUCUGCUGUACAUGUCAUCAACUGUCUGUUGCCUGUUUUCAACUACUAUUACUUCUUUUCCAAAUGCUUUAACUGUUUAAAAUGAUUCAAAAUUAAUAAAAAAAAAAACAGCAAUA